CAAGGGGAGAGAGAGGACAUGUGAAUGCCAAUAGCGAAAGCAUUUGUAGGAGGGAGAGGAUUUUAAAGAAUGAUGGCCGCUGGAUUUCAUUCCACUCAUUCGAUUUUCCUGGUCCUGCUCCUGUGCAUGUCUUGCUGGAGGUCCGCUGAGGGAGGGAAGCUGUUAGUAGUUCCAUUGGAUGGUAGUCACUGGCUCAGUUUGCGGACAGUGCUGCUGGAAAAAAUUGAGAAGAGAGGGCAUGAAAUAGUAGUUGUUUCACCAGAUGUAAGUGAGCGGAUCAAACUGAAUCCAUCAUACACCUUGAAACAGUAUCCUGUGGCUAUCCAAAGAGAACAUGUGGACUCGGAGAUCAGUUAUUUUGCUAAAUUUCUAUUUUCAAAUCAAACAUUCGUGAGAAAAUAUUUUGGUCUGUAUAGAUUAACAGCAGCCAUAAACUCGCUGGCAAUAUCUGCAUGCAGAAACAUUUUUAUCAACCAAGACCUGAUGAAGUAUUUGGAAGACAGUAAAUUUGAUGCCAUCCUUUUAGAUCCGAGUUACCCUUGUGGCCAAAUUUUGGCAGAGCAUUUGUCUCUUCCAACUGUGUACUUUAUCCUAACUCUUUUAUGUGGGCUUGAGGCAGAGGCUUCUCAAUGUCCAACCCCCUUUUCUUUUGUUCCCCGUGAUUUUUCAAGCAAUUCAGACCACAUGACAUUCUUGCAGCGUGUAAAUAACGUCUUUUUCGGUGUGGUGCAAUAUCUGUUUUGUUUCUCACUCUACACCUCAUAUGAGAAUCUGGCCCGAGAAUUUCUUCAGCGAGAUGUGACCCUGAAAGAGCUCCUCAGUCAUGGCUCAGUUUGGCUGUACAGGUCCGACUUUGUCUUUAACUACCCAAAGCCAGUGAUGCCCAACAUGGUCUUUGUCGGAGGAAUCAAUUGUAUGGUGAGAAAUCAACUAUCUCAGGAAUUUCAGGACUAUGUGAAUGAUUCUGGGGAACAUGGAAUUGUGGUCUUCUCUUUGGGUUCAAUGGUCUCAGAAAUUCCAGUGAAGAAAGCAAUGGAAAUUGCUGAAGCUUUGGGACGAAUACCUCAAACAGUCCUCUGGAGGUAUACUGGAAAACCACCAGCAAAUCUUGCAAAAAACACCAAACUUGUGAAGUGGCUACCUCAGAAUGAUCUGCUUGCUCACCCCAAGACCCGGGCCUUUAUCACUCACGCUGGCUCCCAUGGCAUAUACGAGGGAAUAUGUAAUGGAGUUCCAAUGGUGUUGUUGCCGUUAUUUGGCGAUCAAAUGGAUAACGCUAAACGCGUUGAGUCCCGAGGAGCAGGGGUGAUUCUGAACGUCCUGGAGAUGACAUCUGAAGAUUUAAGCAAUGCCUUGAAAACAGUCAUUACUGACAAAAGCUACAAAGAGAACAUCAUGCGUCUUUCGGCUCUUCACAAAGACCGACCUGUGGAGCCUCUUGACCUUGCCGUGCACUGGGUGGAAUUUGUGAUGAAGCAUAAAGGAGCCCCACAUCUGCGACCUGCUGCCCACGAUCUCAACUGGUUCCAGUAUCACUGCUUGGAUGUAAUCGGUUUCUUCCUGGUCAUUACGUUGAGCGUCUUCUUCAUCUUCUUUAAGUCUUGCAUGUUUUGCUUCAGGAAGUGUUUCCCAAAGAAAGAGAAAGCUAAGAAGUCCCAGAAAAACAAGUCGCACUGAGAGGUUCCAUCUCAUUGCUAGACCAGGAAGAAAAUGAACGUUUCUGUUCACACUGGGACAGCUGGACAUACACUUGAUGAAGCAGUAGUAAUAGCAUUUAUUAAGCACUUACUGUGUGCAGAGCACUGCACUAAAUGUUGGGAGGGAAUACACUCAAUUUUGAUAAAGAAGAGCAGAUCUUCUUCUUUUUAUCUUAACUAGUAAAACAAAAUUAAGACACGCUAAACUAUGAGGUUUUUUCCAAUGAAUCUUCAAUGAUGCACAGAGAGUCAAUCAUAUUUAUUUAGAGCUUACUGUGUGCAGAGCACUGUACUAAGCACUUGGGAGAGUACAGUACAACAAUAUAACAGACACAUUCCCUGCCCUCCACGAGAAAGUGAGUUUCCUUCUCUGAUGUAGCAGAUUUUGCUCUCGUUCUUAGACUGUGACCAACUAAUAUGUAAAGUUGUACAGUACCCACUUCAAUAAAUCCAUACCAAAUUUCUGAA